AUGGCUGUUCGUUCCUCGCCCGUUCUCCUCGUAGCUGUGGCGUUGUCAAUUUUUGUGGCAACUGCGUGCGCGGACAAAUAUGCCCCCGUGGUGCUGUCGUCGAACCUGUUCGGCAGCAACGAGAUUCCCAAGAACAACACCAAGGUCGCCAGGGAUGCUGUGGGCGACAUGCAGGGCCGCGCCACGAUGCUGCUCACGAUCUACGGUGACGGUAAUGGCGCCUACACGUGGCUCACUUUCGUGGUUCGAGUAGCCCUCUUGCAAGGGGAAAUGCCACCCACUAAGACGCACAUCCACGCAGGCGCUAAGGGCAUGAAUGGCGACCUUCUGGUGAACCUGCCUUGUGUAUACAAGCAGUACAAGCAACGCAAUUACUGGCGCUGUGCGGGCUCGUUAGGAAAGGCUGUCGGGGAAAGCACCUCAGAGCUACAGGCUGCGUUGAAGGCUAUUGUCGCGGCUCCUCCUAUGUUCUACGGGAAUAUUCACACCAAGAAGUACGCUGAUGGAGCUGUGCGCGGUCAACUGAAGAAGAAGGGCAACUGA